CAGAUCACACAGUAGGUUCACAAACUCAGCGGCGAAAUGACGUCUCCGUUUGACGGUGCUGCCUGUUUCUGGCUCUCGAUAAUCUGGCUCCAGCUGGGUCUCAUCAAUGCGGGUCUGGAGUUCCUUAGGGUCUUCGUACCCCUGCCCCUGGUACGACUGAGGGAGAUCGAGGAGGAGGAGCGGGAAAUCGAGGGCGAGUGCACGUUGGGCGCCAUCAGCAUUCGAAUGUUCGCCUUCUGAAGACUGGAUUGCCAUCAUCUUUAGGAUCUAUGUACUUAACAGAAUCAAUAGUCAAUGUUUCAACGAUAAGGAAUAUCCUUAGAUAAUAAGUUCAUUUAAUUGUAAGAAUAAUAGUAUUCUAAAGUAUACAUCAUUUUAAGUUUUAUAAAAACAAAUAUUGUAAAGCAAUUAUAAAAAAAAUGUUUGUGUUUUUUACUUAAGAUACGGUACAACCUUUACAAAAGUUUAGCACCGUUCCUUUCAUUUAUAGAAACAUUUUAAUCUAAAGACACACGCCCAUACAAAGUAUGAAUGAACGAAACUUGUUUGUCCCGAGCAGGUUUAAGGUACGUAAACAAAAACUUAUACUAUAUAAAAGUUUGAUGAACUUAACAAAGAAAGAUAAAUGUAUUUGAACAAGGCAGUUUACACAUUCUAACAAAUAAAAUAAUUGUUCUUUAUUUUUUUGUAA